UACAGUAUAUCUUUUCACUUAAAUUUUGCAUUUGAUUCAGUGAUUGCCGUUUCUAAGACAAACAUUGAUUAUGCUUAAUUAAUACGAACGUGUAUAUAAAAGUGGACGUAUUGGCCGACUAUGUUUUAAAAUUCGUCGCGUUUGAGUGUCAUUACUCCAUUCAUCAGCUGUGAUAAUCGCUGUUCAUAAUGCAGGGUUUCAUUCAUAACAGUAGCGCAGAGGUCGUCAACUUAGCAGUCAACAUGUUGAGUUGUCCUAACGAUCUGAUGCAAAGUGCAUUCUGUCACUGCUUAUGUUUUGGAUUAAUGUGUUUGAUGUGGAAAAUUUCAAAGAGGUUUUGCCCAAAGUACAGAGAACGAAAACGCAAGGACAAAGAAAUAUACCAUCAAAUCAUGAAAGAAAGUCAACGGAAAGAAAAACAAAAUCAAGAUUUGGUGGAAACAAAUAGGAAGUUAACAUCGGAAAUGCAUUGCUUACGUAGUAACGGGAAAGAUUUGAGAAACAAGAUAAUUGGUUUAGAACGUACGAUUGAAUACAACGACAACCAACUACUCGAUGCAUGUACACGUUUGACAGCGAGUGAAAACGAGACAAAAGUUUUACAAAUCAAUAUUCAGGAGUUUAAAUCUGCCUUAAAUAAACUAGAAUGUGAAUUUAAUGUUGAAAGGCAUGAACGAGAAAUAAUAGAAAGAAAAUACUUUCAAAUGUUACAAAAACUCCCUGAUGUUGUAGGACAAAACAGCUCUUAACCGUCUAUGAUUGUGAUUUUUCACAAGGUAGGCCUACUGAUUUAGUAUCAAGAUUGAAGUUUAUUGAGGACCUGAGUGCCAAAAUCAUUUUAUUCAUUUUCAGGAAUCAGACGCUGGAUAACCUCAAUGAUCUUUUGACAAUGAUGCUUGCGUAGUAACGGGAAUUAUUUGAGACAAGAUAAUUGGUUUAGAACGUACGAUUGAAUACAACGACAACCAGCUACUCGAUGUAUGUACACGUUUGACAGCGAGUGAAAACGAGACAAAAGUUUUACAAAUCAAUAUUCAGGAGUUUAAAUCUGCCUUAAAUAAACUAGAAUGUGAAUCGAAUUUUGAAAGGCAUGAACGAGAAAUAAUAGAAAGAAAAUACUUUCAAAUGUUACAAAAGCUCCCGGAUGUUGUAGGACAAAACAGGUCUUAAUCGUCUAUGAUUGUGAUUUUUCACAAGGUAGGCCUACUGAUUUAGUAUCAAGAUCGAAGUUUAUUGAGGACCUGAGUGCCAAAAUCGUGUUAUUCAUUCAUUUUCAGGAAUCAGACGCUGGAUAACCUCAAUGAUCUUUUGACAAUGAUGCAAAAUGUGGUGCAUCAAUUAAUUUGAGUUGCUGGGCCAGACAUUCUUAAACUUACAUUUUUAAUGUAAUGUUUUCCCAGUUUUUUUUUUUUAAUUUCUAACAUUGAUGCGGAAGGGUGCAAUCGACUGUCCUGCUUGAAUCCGCUGCUGACGACACCAAAUCCUGAAAGGUUUCAGUUGACAUGCGUAUUCCUUCUUGCUUAAUGUGCCCAGUUUAAAAAUUACAAAAUGUGAAUGAUGUUAUGUUGUUGACGUCAAUAUUAUGAAUGAUGUUGACAGAGAGAAAUCAGUUUGAGUUUAUGUAUAUACAAAUUUUAAUUAUUAUUAUGAAUGUUUUAUUUUGUUUGUAACAUUUUGAAAA